UGACAGCCCUGCCAUCCGGCUGAAUAUCCGCUCAGCCAGCAUCUUGCUAUUUUCAAGCUGUGUACCCUUGAGAUGCAGCAGCAGUAGCAGCAAUCUGACAUAGACCAACAACAGCGUGUGAUGUGAGCAUCUGCGUAAGGAAAGGAUACAGAGCAUGCUCAGUGAUGCCAUUCUCCGGCCCCCAACCAGAUCCCUAAAGAGAUUGAUUGAACUUUGCACUUGCAAAUGCCACUGACUACAUUUAGCCUGUGAUUUCCUCUUCUGUAUAUAAAGGAGGGUAUCUUCCUGCAGGAGGAGGCAGUCAGUACUGUGCAGCCAUCACCUGUGCAAGGCAAUCAUGGAUGCCUGGGAUUUGUUAUCAUCGCCUAAUAGGAGACAUAUUUGCACCUCUCUUUAAAUGACCUUUGUUUGGGGAUGGGGGGAUGAUGCUGCUGAUGCUGCUGAUGCUGCUAAUGCAUGUAUCCUUGGACCUCUCUGCUGGGAAUGACACCCCCCAGUACUUGCGCUAAAGUUGUCGCGGUUGGCUUGUGCUGGAGCUUGCAAGCCAAGAUGGAUAGGAAAGAGGAAGCAAAUCUACAAUUCAAUCCAGGCUUUGCUUUAGUCGGGAUCGUUUCUGACUGCCACUGCCGAGCACAGUGAUCGAGCAGGCUGGCUAAUGAAGGCCUCCUGGAUCAGGCUUCUAAAAAGAGCCAAGGGAGGACGACUGAAGAAUUCUGACAUUUGUGGUUCGGCGGACUCCUACACCAGCCGUCCAUCCGAUUCUGAUGUCUCCUUGGAGGAAGACAGAGAGGCGGUGCGCAGGGAAGCAGAGCGGCAGGCCCAGACACAGUUGGAGAAAGCCAAGACCAAACCUGUUGCUUUCGCUGUACGGACAAAUGUUGGCUACAGUUCAGCUCACGACGAUGAGGUCCCGGUACAAGGAAUGGCCGUUUCCUUUGAGGCUAAAGAUUUUUUACACGUCAAAGAGAAAUUUAACAAUGACUGGUGGAUAGGCCGGUUGGUGAAAGAAGGCUGUGAAAUAGGAUUUAUUCCAAGUCCUGUGAAGCUCGAGAACAUGAGGUUACAGCAUGAACAAAAAGCAAAGCAGGGAAAAUUCUACACAAGUAAAAUCGGGGGCAAUUCCUCUUCCAGCUUGGGUGAUGUGGUACCUAGCUCUAGAAGAUCAACUCCACCAUCAUCUGCUAUAGACUUAGAUGCAACUGGCUUAGAAGCAGAAGAGCUUGAUAUCCCAGCCAACCACCGAUCCCCUAAACCCAGUGUAAACAGUGUAACAUCACCCCUCUCCAAAGAGAAAAGAAUGCCUUUUUUUAAGAAGACAGAGCACAUUCCUCCUUACGAUGUAGUGCCUUCUAUGAGACCUGUAGUUCUAGUGGGGCCUUCAUUAAAAGGAUAUGAGGUGACAGAUAUGAUGCAGAAAGCAUUAUUUGACUUCUUAAAACACAGAUUUGAAGGGAGAAUAUCCAUUACACGGGUCACUGCUGACAUCUCGCUUGCCAAACGCUCAGUAUUAAAUAAUCCUAGUAAACAUGCAAUUAUAGAGAGAUCCAAUACACGAUCAAGUUUAGCUGAAGUCCAGAGUGAAAUUGAACGGAUCUUUGAGUUAGCGAGGACGUUACAGCUUGUAGUUCUUGACGCCGAUACCAUCAACCAUCCAACGCAACUUAGUAAGACCUCCCUGGCCCCCAUCAUAGUUUAUGUAAAGAUUUCUUCUCCAAAGGUUUUACAAAGGUUAAUAAAAUCACGAGGAAAAUCUCAGGCAAAACAUCUAAACGUCCAAAUGGUAGCAGCUGACAAACUAGCACAGUGCCCUCCAGAAAUGUUUGAUGUUAUCCUGGAUGAGAAUCAGCUUGAAGAUGCCUGUGAACAUCUAGCAGAUUACCUAGAAGCUUACUGGAAGGCAACACACCCUCCAAGCAGCACCCCGCCCAAUGCACUUUUAUCUCGCACCCUUACUACUGCAACCCUUCCCGCCACCCCUCCCUCAGCUUCUAAUGCACAGCAGGUCUCCCAAGGAGAGCAAAAGAAUGAUCAUCCUCCUCCCGAACGACCUGGGGCCGUAGAAGAAGAGGCACCCGCCGAACCGCCAACGAGAAAGUCUCAACAUCGAUCUUCCACCUCUGCCCAGCACCACAACCACCGAAGUGGAGUUAGCAGAGGACUUUCUCGACAGGAGACCUUUGACGAGACGCAAGACAACAGAGACUCCGUAUAUCUAGAGCCAAAGGAUAAUUACUCUUCUGAACAUGCUGAUCCUCAGGAGUCCCACCGGGAUCACAACCACAGAGACGAAUCUCACGCAGUUAGCGAACACAGACACAAAGAACCUCGACACCGGACAAACGAGGACAGGGAUCAGGACCACAACGAAUGCAACAAACCCCGCAGCCGUCACAAAUCAAGGGAACGAUAUUGUGAAAAGGACGGAGAGGUUUCUAGGAAACGGAAUGAUAAUGAGUGGAAUCGGGAUGUUUACAUCCGCCAGUAACUUUUUGAACACCUUUUUAUAUGUGUUUUUUUUUUCUUUUCUGGUUCUAAAACCCCCAUGCAAAUGAUUUGAACCCAAAAUACAUUACAUCCUUGAUUCCUCUUCUUUUUUUUUUUUUCUUUACUAUUUUUGUUUUUUUACUGCUGUUGCUUCCUAAGCAAUAGAAUUAAGUACUUUCUUUUUUUUUUUUUUUUUAUAGUGUUUUUACUUAAACUUGCCAUGGCACAUCUGCAGAUCUCUUACCAAACCAUGUGUUUAGCCGUUUCCGUGAAAACCAUUCGAAUGCUGUGUUGCCAUCAAGAUAUUGUUGCUGUUUUAAAGCAAGUGAUAAUGUUUUUGUAGCCUCCUAUAUAUAUAUAUUUUUGUUGUUUUUUUUUUUUUUUUUUAAGACGGGACUGGUUCCAGGCAAAAUAAAUGGUGAUUUCACUUUUUCUUCCAUAUGUGUUUUCACUUUUGCACUGUUAGAGCGAUAUAUUGACGAUGUUUUUUGUUUUCUGAUGGCAAAAGUGAUAUCAGACUUCUGAACAGACUGCUAAAACAUUGCAUUUAUUUUUGUAUUUUGAAAUGCACCCACCUACUUUGAAUGUUAAUUUCAGAGCCACUAUUUAACUUUUUUUCUCAUCCUUUUUGCCUCCCAUUGUCUGUGUUUAAAAAAAAAACAGAGUUAAAUAUUGCCUUAUACUCACGACAUUUCAAAAAGAAUUUUCCGUGUAGUGCUAAUCUCUGUUGUAUACUCUUGUUGUGUUUAUUUUUUUGUCAUUUUCUUUGCCCUGCAUGCUUAAAUGUUAAACUGUACACCGUUUGUUCGUUUAACAUCAGAAUUGAAUAGUCAGUGACUGGAAUUAGCAAGGAGAUGUAAUGGUUAGAGCUCUUUAAAUUAAACAAUCGUCAGGUAUUAGAGCAAA